ACGUGUAUGGUGUCAGUGUUUAUUUCCUCAAUUUUUAUUUUAUAUACCUCGUUCAAAUCUUUCGUAUUAAAAGAUGGCGCUGAAACUGUAUAAAAUGGAUAUCAGCCCGCCUGCGCGUGCGGCUAUGGCUAUAUGCGACAUUUUAAAUGUUCCCGUUGAAAUGAUUGAUAUAAAUCUCCAGAAAAAAGAACAUUGGGCACCUGAGUUUUUACGGAAAAACCCCUUGCACUCAGUACCAGUACUAGAAGAUGGAGACUUUGUCUUGCAUGACAGUCACGCCAUUCUCGCAUAUCUGGUAGAUGCAUAUGCCAGCAACGACAAUCUGUAUCCAAAAAACAUAAAGAAGAGAGCGCUGGUAAACCAGAAACUUUUUUUCGAUAAUGGCAUACUGUUUCAGAGACUUCGAAAUGUUACCUAUGAAGCAUUUGUUGAAGGCAUUACGAAAGUACCUCUGAAGAAACAGAAAGAUAUUGAAGAAGCAUACGGUUUUCUGGAACAGUUUCUUUCCCAAACAAAAUGGCUGGCGGGAGAGAAUAUGACUAUAGCCGAUAUAUCAGCCUAUGCUGUGACUGCUUCAAUGCUUUACAUAGUAAAACUCGACUCUAAAAAAUAUCCGAAAACCCUGGCUUGGUUGGACGAAAUGAGGAAGCAGCCAUUCAAUAUGAAAUACAGCGGUGCUUUAGCACAGUUCGGUAAUUUUCUAGAAAAUACACUGGAGCUUGAAAAGUGAAAUAAAAUGCACAUGUGUACUAACUGC